GGGAAGUUCGCACAGAGGCGCCGGCAGAAGCAGAUCUUAUCGACGGGUUACACUUUUAAUAGUUUCCUAGAAUGCCAUGUGAAGUGAAGCCUCGGUUCUUGGUUCUGUAUGGUUCUCAGAAAGGGCAAGCCCAGUCUAUUGCUGAGGUGAUUGUUGAAGAAGCAGAGGAACAUGGACUAGUGGCAGAGAUCAGCUGCUUGGAUGAGGAGAAGUACAAUUUGGAGAGAGAGAAGGCCCCAGUGGUUUUUGUUGUGUCUACCACUGGAGAUGGGGAACCACCAGACAAUACGCUUCAGUUUGUAAAGAAAAUCAAGAACAAGACCCUUCCCACUGACAGCUAUAAACACCUUUGCUAUGCACUGUUAGCUUUAGGAGAUACAAACUACGCCAAUUUCUGCAACUGUGGGAAGACGAUUGACAAUCGUCUACAGGAACUUGGAGCCAAACAUUUCUAUGCGACAGGACAUGCUGAUGAUGGUGUAGGGCUUGAGCUUGUUGUGGAUCCCUGGCUAGAAGGACUGUGGGAAGCAAUCAAAGGAGCCUCAUCAAAAAUGGCCUCUGAUAAAGAUGUUUACUUUCCUGACAAAUCAGGAGUUUCCUCAGCAAGGGAAACUCCUGAUUUGUCACCUCCAGAUGUCAAACUAAACUGUCUAAGUCUUACUGACAACCAGAACAAAAACACUGCCUGUGCAUCUGUAGAAGCUGUCUCCAGAUCAAUUACCAUUUCUGACUCUGGACCAGCAUCCUCUAUAGACAGUCCUGGGUUUGCCAUCCAGACAGAUGAUGUUUCUAAAUCAGCACCAGAGAUACAGACUGAAAAUAAUGAAGUUUCCCAUGCCAUACUGGAUGCUUCACUGACACACUCACUGCCACCAUUGUCUGGGUCCACUCUCAAUGUUCCUGCUCUUCCUCCCCCCUACUUGGAUGUCACUCUUCAGGAAAACACAUUAGAGCAGACUAAUGUAUUGGAUAAAGAGACACUUAAUGAGCUGCCAAUAUCCAGGGCUGUCCAGUUGACCAGAGGAGAUUCAGUCAAGACAUCACUUCUGCUAGAGCUGGACAUUUCUGCCCAUCCAAUAAUGACCCAUCAGCCAGGGGACUCGUUUGAUGUGUUCUGUCCAAACAGAGACUCAGAGGUAGUGGAGUUGCUCUGCAGAUUGGGCCUGCAGGACCAGGGAAACCAUCAUGUAAAGCUAUCUUUACGCAAGGACACCAAAAAAAAGAGUGCCCAGCUGCCACCCUACAUUUCCGAGAACAGUACUCUGCAGUAUCUGUUUACGUGGUGCCUAGAGAUCAGAAGUGUUCCUAAGAAGGCGUUUGUCAGAGCUCUUGUGGAGUAUACAGCGGACAGUGGACAGAGGAGGAGACUGCAGGAGCUGUGCAGUAAGCAGGGUGCUGCAGACUACAACCGCUAUGUGAGAGACACAAACCUCAGUGUGUUGGAACUGCUCACGGCUUUCCCCUCGUGCUCGCCUCCUCUCAGCCUCCUCAUAGAGCAUUUGCCGAAACUGCAGCCGAGGCCUUAUUCAGCCGCCAGCUCCAGUCUCAUGCACCCAGGGAAGCUGCAUUUUGUCUUCAACGUGCUUGAGUUACCAGCGUGCUCGGGGCGACCUGCAGGGAGACUGGGCUUGUGCACCGGUUGGCUGUCCGACCUUGUUAAUCCCAUCCUGGUGCACCCUGGGAAGUCUGAAUCCCCUGGCAGCCCGGCUUGGCCAAUGAUCCAUGUGAGUUUGCGACCAAACUGCUCCUUCAGGCCACCCUCUGACCCUUCGGUGCCUUUUGUAAUGGUGGGACCAGGCACAGGAGUCGCCCCGUUCAUUGGCUUCCUCCAGCAAAGAGAGAAGGAGAGGCAGAUGAAACCCGAGGCAGUGUUUGGUGAGACCUGGCUGUUCUUUGGCUGCCGCCACAAAGACAGAGACUUCCUGUUUAGAGAGGAGCUGGAGGGCUUUGUGUCCAGCGGUACCCUGAGUUACCUCAAGGUGUGUUUCUCCAGAGACGAUCAGGAGCAGCCGCAGACCACCGCGUCACUAGCAGGACCCCGAUACGUCCAACAAAACCUGCUCCUCAACAGCCAACACAUUACCAGCAUCCUGCUCAACCAGAACGGCUGCCUCUAUGUCUGCGGGGAUGCAAAGAACAUGGCCAAGGAUGUGAACGACACCCUUAUCGGGAUGAUUGGUGCGGCGCUUCAGGUGGACCAACUAGAUGCCAUGAAGAGACUGGCGGUACUAAGGGAGGAGAAACGCUACUUACAGGACAUUUGGGGCUGACAAGGGCAUCAGAGAGAAGGGCAUGUCUCACUGCCAAACUGGGUCUAUUGAUGCCUCAAAAAAAAAAAAAAAUCAGCAUGCUC